CUCCACCCAAAUCCAACAUCUCUAUCAUCAUCAUCAUCAUCAUCUCCUCCCCUCCCUUUUUCUCCAUCGCUGUAAUCAUCAUCGUCACCGCCGCUGCAGCCACCAUGAUCUCCGUCGCUCCCUCCCCCGAAACCGCCCCCAAGAACCCCUCCGAAGUCCCUCAGGGGGAGAAGCGGGAGGCCCCAGCCGCAUGCACCAUCUUCCGAUCGAAGCUCCCGGACAUCCCCAUCCCCAACCACCUCUCCCUCCAUUCCUACUGCUUCGAGCACGUCCCCCAGUUCCCCGACCGCCCCUGCCUCAUCUCCGACUCCACCGGCAAGAGUUUCUCCUUCUCCGACGCCCUGCUCCUCUCCCGCAAGGUCGCGGCCGGACUCCACAACCUCGGCAUCCGCCGGGGCGACGUCGUCAUGACCCUCCUCCAGAACUGCCCCGAGUUCGCCUUCUCCUUCAUGGGCGCCUCCAUGAUCGGCGCCGUCACCACCACCGCCAACCCCUUCUACACUCCCUCCGAGAUCUUCAAGCAGUUCGCGGCCUCCCGCACCAAGCUCGUCAUCACUCAGUCCCUCUACGUCGACAAGCUCCGCGACCACGCCGACGGCAACGGCCCCACCCUCGGCAAGGACUUCGUCGUCGUCACCGUGGACGACCCGCCGGAGGGAUGCGUCCACUUCUCGGUCCUCGGCGAGGCCAACGAGGAAGACCCCGAGGUGGCGAUCCACCCGGACGACCCGGUGGCGCUGCCGUUCUCGUCGGGGACGACGGGGCUGCCCAAGGGGGUGAUCCUGACGCACCGCAACCUGAUCACCAGCAUAGCGCAGCAAGUGGACGGCGAGAACCCGAACCUCCACCUGAGGGCGGAGGACGUGAUGCUGUGCGUGUUGCCGCUGUUCCACAUCUACUCCCUCAACAGCGUGCUGCUCUGCUCGCUCCGCGCCGGGGCGGGAGUGCUGCUGAUGCACAAGUUCGAGAUAGGGACGUUGCUUCAGCUGAUCGAGCGCCACCGGGUGUCGGUGGCCGCGGUGGUGCCACCUCUGGUGCUGGCCCUGGCCAAGAACCCCCUGGUCGAGAAGUUCGACCUCUCAUCCAUCCGCAUGGUGCUGUCAGGGGCGGCGCCGCUGGGCAAGGAGCUCGAGCUCGCCCUCCAGACCCGCCUUCCCGGAGCCAUCUUGGGCCAGGGAUAUGGAAUGACGGAAGCGGGACCGGUGCUUUCUAUGUGCUUGGGGUUCGCCAAGCAACCCUUCCCAACCAAAUCGGGUUCGUGCGGGACGGUUGUUCGGAAUGCAGAGCUCAAAGUCAUCGACCCCGAGACCGGUUCCUCCCUUGGCUACAACCAGCCCGGCGAGAUAUGCAUUCGUGGCCAGCAAAUUAUGAAAGGAUACCUGAACGACCCCGAGGCGACUUCGAUCACCAUUGACGCGGAUGGCUGGCUUCACACCGGUGACAUAGGCUAUGUCGAUGAUGAUGAUGAGAUCUUCAUUGUGGACAGAGUGAAGGAAAUAAUCAAAUUCAAGGGGUUCCAGGUGCCACCAGCCGAGCUUGAAGCGCUUCUAGUAAGCCACCCAUCCAUUGCGGAUGCAGCUGUCGUCCCGCAAAAGGAUGAAGUCGCCGGUGAAGUCCCGGUUGCAUUUGUGGUGAGAUCGAAUGGCUUUGAACUGACGGAAGAAGCAGUUAAGGAGUUCAUAGCCAAACAGGUGGUUUUCUAUAAGAAGCUUCACAAGGUCCACUUCGUGCAUGCAAUCCCGAAGUCUCCGUCCGGGAAGAUACUGAGGAAAGAUCUCAGGGCCAAGUUAGCUACGGCGGCCCCCAUUUCUUAAAUUCGUUAGGUUGUGAUUUCGGGGUUUGGUGAGCAUUUUACUGGUGGGGGGUUCUCCCAUUGUUUUUCUUCUUCUUUCUUUACCGUCUUUCCUGUUAUAAUUGCAUAAACAGAAGUGGGGAGAGCAACAAGUGGUGAGCAAUUUGAUCCUCUUGAAGAUUCAAUAAUAUUAUCAAUCCUUCCACUUUUGCGUGUA